ACAAUGUGAAAAAUUUGACAAUGUAUUGGUUUUUAUUAUGUUUGAUAUAUUUUACCUCAGGUACGCGCCGCUCGCUGUUUUAGUCAACGUUUUCGCGGUGCGCGCGGACUUGUGUACGACUGUGCUGUUUACCUGUGUACGUUACCUGUCUUACAUGUAUGUUGUGAAUUGUUAUGUAAAUGUGGUGUUGGAAUGUUUCCUUAUAUGGUCAUGUCCAGUGUCGUCUCGUUUUGGGUUUUGGCGGUCAAUUUGGUGUCUUUGUCUUGUAUAGUUUGAUCAGACAUAGAGCCGCCGAGGUGAAAGGAUGUGUGUUUGAGUUGGUCCGUUAAAGAAUACUGACCGGCACUGGCCGAGAGUUUUUUUCAUGAAACAUCUGAAACCCCAAACCCAUUGUUCGGGUACGUAUGUACAUGUAUUAUGUAAAAUUUAUAGAUACAUGUUUUAUCAUCAAUGGAAUUAUACUUACCAUAGAUAUAAUAGGGAAUAUUUUAUUUGUGUAAAUUAUUCUAUUUAUAUAAGCAAAGUACAUGCACGCCAAAUGGCGGGAAAUGUUAAAUAAUCAAAGUUUCACCGUGUAACAUGUCCAUAAUACCUAUAAUGGUGAUAAUAUAUAUUUACUGUUUUACUAUUUGUAUUGUAGGGUUUAUUUUAUAUGAGUAAUAAAAGAUUGGAAACUUCAACUCGGUUUGGAUGAUUUUGUUCAAAUUCACAAUGGCGCCCAUGUAGAUGUCUCAGGAUUCCUACUGCUAGAUUCCGUUUUCCGGAUUUCGGCGAACCGAUUCCGACAGGAGACAAGAACCCAUCCUCGGAAUAUGUGUGUGCGGCUCUUCAUGCGUGUAACUACAAUAUUUGUGUAUAUUGCUGUGAUAUCGUUUGGGAUAUAAGUGCAAUUUUUUUUUUCCAAUAUGGGAUUUACUGGAAGUUUUCGUUGGGAAUGACAAAGGAACACAAUCUACAGAGGUAUGAACUAUUAUUUUCUUAUCCUCUCUGAGUAACAUUACCAUUCGUGAUCAGUGAUCAUGAACUUUUCGUACUAGCCAUGUCACGCGUUCGAUCAUGCGUGUCAUCGUCGCUGGAGAACCAACAGUAUCGACCAACCCAGGUAAAUCUGAUGACUGAACUGUAAUUGUCUACUUGAUUGAACUGAACUUAAUAUUCUGUGCUGCUGCUGAAUUGACUUUAUAAAAUUAGAGUUAUAUUUGUAUUGAGUUUAAGAGUGUAGACUGUAUCAUUGUAUAAUUGUUUCUUUUCAGGUUAUUCGCAUUGCGUAUUUUGAUGUGUGUAGUAUUAUAUUCGGGGUCGUCCAGACGCUUGUAAUGCAAACAUGUGUAUGGUGAUGUAACUUCCGGUGUAAACUGUAAACAUCCGGCCACGUGCGACCUAGUUGGAUAAUUCUGCAUUUUUUUUUCUCUCUGAUUUUUCAGAGUAUUAUAAUAAUUUUUUUUUCAUUAGGGUAGGAGAUAAAAUUUGGUACACCCUUAAGUUAUUUAAUCAUUUAUUCAUUUAUUUACUUAUUUUUUUCCCCAUUUUGAUUUUUCAUAGUUUGAUUGGUUGGUUUUGAACUUGUGGUUCUGUGUGGUCAGGUAACUGGUAGUUGUUGGUUUUCUUUGGUGAUUUCAGGUUUUUUUUAAUAUUUGCUCAGGGUUUUCUUCUGUGAUAUUUAGUUAUUCAGGUUAUUUUAGUUUGUGUUGAGUGUUGAAUGUUAUAUGUUUUGUGUUCAAUGUUAUAUGUUGAUAGUUAUAUGUACACGUGUAUGUUGAUUUGUUUCCGUGUUUCUAUCAAAUUUGUGAAUCCGCUUUAGAUCUUUCGCGUUUUUGCCUGCUGUUUUUUUUUCGCGAUUUCUUUAGUUUUUGGUAGUUAGACUUUGUGUUGUUUUUCUAUUGAAACUGUGAUUUAGCCUAUAGUAAAAUCAUAGGCAAUUACUUUGUAAUUUACGUAUUUAUUUUCAUUUCAUACAGAUUUAGGUACUGUACUUUGGCGCUUUGUGGAAUCUGUUGUGUUUGUAGAAGCUGUACUGUUUUCUUAAUUACUAGUGACAUUUUAUCAUAUUAUUAUUCGGAAUUUGUUCUUGUUCUACAAUUUUACCAUGGAUAGAGAUAAUAAAACACAACUCAUCAAGGUGCUGGAUGAGAUGGGACUUGCACCCAAGUGUAAGGAUCCUGAGGAAUUCAAGGAGUGGAUGUCAUCGUACCUACAAGAGCAAGGAGGUAGUGCUGAUGUUAAGCCCAGGACAGAGUCCAAAGAACACCAUAUUGUUACUCAACAAGCUCGACUUCCGCCAUUCAGUGGUGAUCCAUCUGCGAAGCAGGAACCCUCAUAUGACUUGUGGAGAUAUGAAGUGGAGUGCCUUUGUCGUGAUUCUACAAUCACUGAGGAGAUGUUGGCUCAGAUCAUACAUAGAUCACUGCGAGGUAAUGCUGGAUUGGUGGCAAUGAGACUUGGCAGCGGUGCAGCUAUUUCAGAACUAUUGACCCAGUUGGACAGCAAUUAUGGUGUGGUAGAGGAUCAGGAGGCUUUAAUGGGUAAGUUUUAUAAUGCGAGUCAAGGAGAUUCUGAAGAUGUUACCUCCUGGGGUUGCAGAUUAGAAGACCUGUUAGUGAAAGCCACAAGGACUGAACCACUGUCAAUGACAAAGCGGAACCAUAUGCUACACAGUAGGAUAUGGAAGGGAUUAAGAUCUGCACUUAAGGAAAGAUCUGCAGCAAAGUUUGAGUUAUGUCCAGGUUAUGAGGAUUUUAAGGUGGAGUUGCGUAAGAUGGAAUCAGAGAUGGCUAUUGAACAGAAGUCAACUAUUAAGACAGCUACAUCUAAGAUGGCAUGCAGUGAUACCUGUAAUGAAGAUCCAAGGUAUGAGAAGUUGGAAGGAAUGAUCAAGCAGCUGACAGCAGAAGUGAGGAACAUGAAGUCUAGAGACGGCGAAGUGAAAAAGUCUGGUUUUGGCAACCAUCUCAUAGUCCAUGGGCAUCGCCCAUUGUACUGGUUAGGAAGAAAGACGGCUCGUUGCGGAUGUGCAUCGACUUCAGGGAGAUAAACAAGAGGACUAUUAAGGAUUCCUAUGCCCUUCCGAGAAUAGAGGAGAUAUUAGAUUGUUUGUCCGGGUCUAAAUUCUUUACAGUAUUAGAUAUGAAGUCUGGUUAUCAUCAGGUUGGAAUAGAAGAGGAUCACAAGGCAAG